AUGGAUAAUCGUUAUACGUCUUCAACAUCAUAUCAAAAACAAAAUCGAACAGGAAAUGAUGCAAACAUUUUUGAUCGAUUACGAAAAUCUUCACAAAACAUAUCUAUUGUUACAGACCGUUUUAAUUCUCGUGGUACUUCGUUUGAACCAAGUGGUAAAUCAGCUGUGGUUAUGGCAAUUCAAGAAAAACGUCAACGUGAAAAACGUGAACUGACUCAUCUUAAUGAUCGUUUUGCUUCGUAUAUUGAACGUGUACGCUUUUUGGAAGCUCAAAAUAAGAAAUAUCAACUUGAAAUUGAUCAUCUACGAAAAAAAUGGGGCUCAGAAACAAGCAAAGUAAAAGAAGUGUACGAAAAGGAAAUAACCGAAGGACGUCAUAUUCUCAAUGAUGCAACAAAAGAUUGUGCUACUAUUGAACUUCGAGCUAAACAUGCCGAAGAAGAAACGCACAAACUUCAAGACAGAUGUCUAUCAUUAUUGACUGGGCGAGAAUCUGAUCAAAAGAAAAUUGAAUUAAUACAAAAACAAUUGUUCGAUAACGAAGCAGAUCUUGAUCUAUUUCGUCGUCGUAUAACUGAUCUUGAAGAUGAACAAAAACGGUAUUAUAUUGAAUCUGAAAAGCUUACUUCAGAUAUUUGUCGUAUAACAAAAGAUUUAGACCACGAAAUUAUCACACGAGUACAGUUAGAAAAUCAAAAGCAAAAUCUUGAGAAAGAAAUUGAAUUUUUAAAAGAAAUACACCUACAUGAAAUAGAAGAAAUGAAGCAAUUGAAUUUUGUUGAUACAACAUUAGAUCCUACGAGAUUUUUCAAACAUGAAUUAGCGAAUGCUGUAAAAAAUAUACGCAAAGAUUAUGAACAAUUGAAUGAUCAACAACGAAAUGAACUUGAAUUAUGGUAUCAAAUAAAAGUGACACAAGCGGUACAAGAAAUAAAAAAUGCUCAAGCUCUUGAGAAACCAAAACGUAUUCUUGAACAAGAAGAAAUUAAAAGAUUACGAACAUUAGUUGCAGAUUCACGACAGGAUAUUACUACAAUUAGUCAACGAAAUCGAGAAUUAGAAAAUCGUAUUCGACAAUUAGAAGAAUUGAUUUUACAAGAACGAGAUCAACAUAUUCGAACAAAAGACGAAAGAAACCAAAAGAUAAGCGUAUUAAGAACUCGUCUCGAAGAUUUAGAACGAAAUUACGAUGAACUUGUUACAACGAAAUCAUCGCUCGAUGCAGAAAUUACUAUUUAUAGAAAAUUACUUGAAGGUGAAGAAAACAGGGAAGGUUUACAGCAAAUAAUUUCUAACGUUGGUGAACAGAAUCAAGCUAAUGUUUCUGCUAGUAGCGGUGAAUCAACCAGUUUUUUACGAUCUCAUCCAACAACACAUGAUAGUCAAGAAACACAAGUUCAAUCAUCAGCUAAUCGUGAAAUUUCGCCUGGCAGUGGAAAAUAUCAUGUAAUUACAGAAUCUACAUCAAUUGAGCAUUUUAGUCAAAACAAGGCCAAACGAAUACAAGCAAUUAUUCAUGAAGAACUUGUUCGAUUUCGACGACAAAGUUUGAAUCGAAAUAAUUUUUGUACACCAUCUCAAAACUUAUCUUCAAACCGAAAAGAAUCAACAAUUUUUGAGCAAGUCUAUGGCGGUCGUCGACAACGACCUACAACGAUUUGUUUAAAUGUUCCAUGGAUUCCUGCUACACAUGCUACGAAUGUUUAUGAAUGCAGUGGAAUUGAUUUAACGAAUCGAAAAUUUAAGAGAAAGACUUUUUUCGAAACACGUGCAAUGUGGGAGAAAUAUCCACCGAAAGCCCUUACACCACCUAGUUCGGACUAUACCGAUGCCUAUUUAGCUGCUUUUGCUCCUAAGUUAAUUCGUGCUAAAAACAUUCAUCGGUUAACUUCUCCCAUAUUUGCUCAUGUUAAACCAAUUUCACUCGAACAAAUAACGACAUGUUCAUUAUCUUCUGAUGUUUCGAUUAGAACGAGCCGAACUCGUUCUAAUAAUAACAACACAUCGAAUAUUCCUAAUAAAUAUGAACCUUUUCCAAGCACACAGCCUUUCUCGGCCGCAACAAUUAUGCAACCAUGUUUAUCUAAAAUGUCUACUACCUCUCAAUACGACUUUUCCUAUGAACAGAUUUAUAAACCUCUGCCAACAUAUUCAUCAUCACCAUCCGCAAAACCUAUAUAUAAACCGUCCGUAUCAUUUCAAUAUGCGCCAUUAUCAUUUCCGAAUAAUGUCUAUCCAAAUCAAACCAACAAACCAACAAUAGUAUCACCGUCAAAAACCGAAGGACACAGCAGUAAACCAGAGACACUUGUAUUUCAACAUGAUGAAGAUAUCAGUUCAUUAUCUAUUGAAAAACCAUCGCCAAUAAUAACUCCAUUAUCUGAAUCUUCUAAUCUGAAUAUUGAACCACAAACUGAUCAUGAAGACAUAUCAACAGCUUCUUCGAAACCUAUUCAAAUUCUUGAAAAGACACUUAAUAAAUAUGAUACAUUAAUUAAUCAAAUAUCAGACAUUCUUGCUAGCGUAUCCCCAUUAAGUUCGACUGUAAGCAGUAUGAGUCCAAAUCAGAGUAUACUCGAUUAUGAACUGACAGCUGAUGGCUCACCAAUUAUUCGUCAGAAGCGUCUUGAACGUCAAUCAGCUACAAAUACGAAUACGCCGCCACGUACAAAAGCAAAAUAUCUAAUUCGUGACGAUUCAUAUGACAAAAUUAUUAUAGCCAUUGCCGAUCUCGAUAGUGAAUUAAAUCCACCAUCCGAUACUGAAAUGUCAACACAAUUCGAUGAAGAAGAUAAUUGUGAAACCAUAAAAUCUUCUACUUUACCUAAUGAAAACUAUGAACAAUCUGAAACCUUACUGAGCGAUGGAAGACAAAGAUCAUUCAUCACUAAACGAAUAGAAAAUGAGUAUUUAAGUUCAUCGACAUGCUCACUAUUUAAAGUCGAAAAAGAAGAAGAAAAACUUACCGACAUGCAGUCAAUAAAUGAAACUCGAUCAAAUAAUGAUGAAUUCAUACAAUUAGAAGCAGACCUAUCAUCUAACAUACUCAACGAUGAAGAUUUAUGUGAUGAAACAAGUGAGUCCUAUGAUGAGGCAAUAUUGAGCGAAACGAAUGCAGAAAAUGUGAUAGAAGAUAAUAGUGUCGAGAACAACGAAAAUGAUGAGAAUUUAUCUUAUCAAAGUCUCACGGAAGAAAUCACUAGAUCGACAGCUUCAACCAUAACUUCUGGCAACGAACAGAUAAUCUCAAGUACAUCACCAACGACCGAAGAAGAACAAAUGAGUACAUCUGACAGCGAAGAUAUUCUAUUCAAUGAACCAUAUUCUACAGAAUUGCAAACAGCGGUGAUUGAACAACAACAACUGGAAUCUUCUACUCUACCUGAAACAUCAACAGAGUUUUCUGACUCUACCAACAAACAAUGUUCCUCAUCAGAAUUAAUUGAGUCACAAUCCAGUGAUCAACAACACAUAACUAGUCCGUCGGGUGCUCAGGGUGUAGUCAGUAUUGAUAUUACUAAUGAAAAUAAGAUUUCUGAUGAAGAAGAAUGGAUUUUCAUCUCAAAUAUAAUUGACCAAGAAGAUAUCGAUCAACAAAUCAAAGAAAUAGAAUCAAAUAAAAUGAAAAUUUCUACACAACUUAUUGAUGAUAUCUCAAGUGCUACCAUGGCAAGUAUGUCUUUAUCAUCAUCAUCAUCCACUGUCAUGAGUCCAAUUGAUGUACUUUCAAAUUCAAUAAGUACUUGUUAUAUAAGUAGUGAUGUCUAUCAAGGUGAAAAAAAUCAAAUUAUAGAAAGUCCAUUAGAUGAAAACAUUGAAACAGUUCCAUGUGCUGUAUCACAUGUACAAGAGACUGGUGCAACUCUACCAUCAAAUCCUCAAAAUGAAACCAACGAUGUUUCAAAUUCAAAAACAAAAUCUAAUGCAUAUGACAUUCAAAUUGAAGAAAGCGACAAAACAGAAUUACUAACCCUUCAUGAUACAGCCACGCUGACUCUACAAGCAAAACUAUCCACUGAACCAGGAGAAGAACAAGAAAUCCUAUCGGCUGUGCAUGCAGAACAAAGCAAACUUAAUUCAGUCGAAGAUACGACGGAUUUUACUAUUCAAAAGCCAUCAUCAUCAUCAUCAUCCUGCAUGAAAAAUCUUGAUGACCAUUCAAUAGACGAGCCGGAAUCAGUAAAAUCAUUUUUACAAAAUACGGACCAAUCUAUUUUGAAUACCGAGUAUAGUAUCGUACAAUCAACAGAAAAUCAAGAGAAUGUUUUGCUUGAAUCUUCAUCUCUCGAAAUACCAACUUUACUAUCUGCUGAAGAUAAAACAACUGAAAGUUCCUUACCUAAUGCAGACAUACAAAAUGAUCAACAAAUAUUAACCACUAGUGUGGUUCAAUCUGAAACACCAGAGCCUACUAAUUCCGAACAAACUACCUAUCAAAUUCAACCAUGGGACGUGGUCGUCGAAAAGAUUGAUCAUGCUAUUUCUUCUUCAUUGACUGAAGGAAAUUCACCAAUAAUCAAACAGGAGUUCAUAUCUAUCAACGAUCGAGAUUUUGAUGAAGAAAUAAUGCCAGUAGAAGCUCCAAGAAACCAAUCAUCCAAAGAAAACGAACACAUUGUAACUACCAAAAUAUCUGAUGCCUAUUCAGAACAUCAAAAUGAUCUAGACAUGGGUUUAGCGACAUCAUUACCACAGAACGUUCCAACUUUGGAUAUUAGCAAAGAUGAUGUAAUUAUUUCCAAUAUUAUUCAUCAAUUGAUUGAUGAUACCAUUCAUACUGUCGUAUCAACACUUCAACAAAACACCAUUCAAAAUAUUGAUGAAGUUCCCCUAGCGGGCAAUAACCGUAUAGUUUCAAUAUCUUCACAAAUUGCUAAUGUCACGCCACAAGUACCGAGUGAAAUCGAAUGCGACUCAAUGACAUCAAUUAGAACUAAAAUCGAAAAAUUGUCAACAAAGCGAUCAGAUGAUUUUUGCGAAUCAUCGAGCACAAAUACUGAACCUAAUUCAUUCGAACUCAUUCAUGCUUUAAGAAAUCAUAGCAUUGCACUUUCUGGCGUGGCUUCACCAAUACUUCAUCCAUCAGAAAGAUCUUCUAGUUCAGCAGCUUCCUCGCACGUUACUAGUUCUGAUCGUUAUGUUUCCUAUGUCAUACAUCAAAUGGGUGAUUCGUCAGCAGAACGUUUACCAGCUAUACCUAUAGCAGAUGACAUUCCUAUAUAUAAGAAUCUAAACGAAUAUGUCGUAUAUGAACCAAUUGUUGUUACUAAUCUAUCAAUGACGAAAGAAGAUGAUUCAACUGAAUUUGAUGCAACGGAAAAUUUAACGUUAUAUACUGAUGAUCUAUUUACUCAGAAACUUUAUGAAUUAGAUGCAAACAAAGAUAUAGAUUUAGAUUUGAGUAGUACUGAUGAUGAUGUCGACGAAGAAUUUGAUCGAAAUGAUUUAACUAAUAUUGAUCAUAUGAAUGAUAAAUUAACUGAACAAAAUACUGAUUCAAAUGCCGAUGAAGAUGCGUAUCCAAGUUAUGAUCGUGCAACAACACCAUCAAGUAAUAAUAGUUCAUCAUCAUCAAGGCGGCAAUUAGAUGAUGUUUAUAUUAUACCUGGAUAUCCUGGUUUAUGGCGGCCAUCUGCAAAUACUUGCAGUUCAACUUCACCAAAAGAAUACGAUGCAGAUGAUGAAUGUAGAGAAAGCGGAAAUCGAAAUGCUCUUCGUUCAUCAAGUUCAGCAAAACGUCCAUCAUCAUAUCAACAGCGACAGGAUCAAGCAACAACCAUAACUCGUACAGACAUGUUACCCAGUCAUGUACCAUCAGUACGACCCGACACAAUAGAUUUACUAACUCGUUCCUUAAGUGAAUUGCCAGUGAAUGCAUCUGAAUCGGAUAGUUAUCAUACAUGCCCGUCAUCAAUAUCGAAAAGUCAAAAACAUAAUGAAUUACACGAAAUAAAAUCAUUUGAAGAACAGCGUCAAACAAGUCCCGACGAACGUAUAAUUCUUAUACGUGAACGUGAACGUGAACGUGGUGUUUCAUUACCUGUCACAAUGAAAAUUGAUUGUGAUGACAUAGCAUUACGUUUAUCAACAUCAACGCCUACUGACACCAAUCUGUAUUCAAUAAAUCCAUAUGAGUUAGCGUCGCCGUCGACGCACAGCGAACCACCACUACCUGACAUAUCAGAUUCAAGUGGUCGACAAAGUUCAUCAUCACUGAUCAAUUAUGAACAUGAUCGACAAAAAUUACCACCUUGGUUGAAUACAGUGAAAACAGUAACAACAGUUAAACAAGACUCUGAUGGACCACUUGAAUCUCGUAUAACUUUUCUUAAAUCUGCCAAAGGUCCCAUUAUUAUUGCUCAUUGUAAUCCACAAGGCAAUUAUAUCGUCAUUGAAAAUACAAGUCAAUCGAAGAAUAUUGAUCUUACUAAUUGGACGAUACGUCAAGAAAAUGAUAAAGGAGAGAAUUUACUUUUUAAAUUUCCUGAUAAUUUUCACUUAAAAUCCAAUCAAUCACUAAAAAUUUUGACGAAAAUCAAUCAAUCUGAACAAAUAAAUGAUGAUCUUGUGGCUUCAACUGUAUCAUUAUGGCAUAUAGGUCCCAAUAUUGUUACAAUUUUAUACAAUUCUGAAGGCAAAGAUCGUUCGACGUUAAUCAAGAAAACAAUAUUCUCUUGA